AUGCAGCGCAUAUUAAUGCGUCGUUGUAGUAUGUCAUCGAUUGAAGAAGAAGACGAAUUAGGUAUAGAAGAAAUGAUAGAUUGGGAUAGUGAAUUAUCAGAAUCUGAAAUUGAAUUUGAUGAUAAUAAUGAAGAAGAUCCGGUUGAUAGAGCGGCAAAUAAUGCAUUAAACAAUUUUAUUACAAAUUGUGCAAAAAGAAAUUCUAAUCCUGUGCAAAGUGAGCUGAACUCAAAAUGUAGCGCUAUACCAAUAAUCAACAGAAAUUCUAUUCUUCCAUUGGCUACACAUGACGAGGAUGAUUCAGCUGAAUUAGAUGCCAUAAUUAGUGAAUUAAGGGAAUUUAAAGUUCAAUUUGAAGGUUCUUCAAAUCCGAAGCAAUCAUCAUCCUCAUCUCUAUUACAUUUACAUCCGCCACUCAAACGUCGAAACAUGGAAUCGGUCAUAUAUCUAUCGAAGACAUUGUCCUCCUCAUCCUCCUCAUCCUCAGCUUCGUCAUCUGCCUCGUGCGUAUAUGAACUUCGUACAUUAGAAGAUCAAUUAGAAGCUGCAUUAGCUAGUUUAACAAUGACCGUUAACGAUAUAGGCACUUUGAAAACAAACGACUAUUGUUGUAUAACGCAGGAUUUUGUUCAGCAACAACAACAACAGCAACGUUCUUCAAGUAGUAGUGCCUGUAGUAGUGGUCUAGGAGAUGAGAUAACAAAUGGUUUCGAUGAAUCAUUAUCAUCAAUCAACGCUGAACAACAACAAAAUAUUGAAAUGCAAGAAAAUACAAUCCUAACAUCGACAACAAUAAAAACAGAUGAUUGUGAUUCAGCAUUUUCUGAAACUGGUUCGAUACCAUCCAAUGGAAUUUUGAAAAUCAUUGAUGAUACUUUAACAAACCGAAAACAUAUGGUUCGAGAAACAUUGCCAAAAAUAUUAGUUCGAACGUACAAUGAUGAUGAAUCAACAAAAAGUAUACUUAUUGAUGAGACAAUGACAAUUCGUGAUAUUAUAUUUAUUCUUGUACAUAAGAAUCAUCGUGCAGCAGACAUCGACUUUUCACUAGUCGAAAUCUUACCAGAUUUACAUAUGGAACGAAUAUUUGAAGAUCAUCAAAAAUUAACCGAAGCUAUUUUAAUGUGGCCUAGUGUAUCGACAAACCGUUUAUUAUUUACGAAACGAACCGAAAAAUAUGGAUUGUUUCAUACUACUUUCUGUUCGGUAGGCGUACAAAUCGAAAAAUUGGAGAAAAAUAGUUCAGUAUCGGAUUAUCCAAUAGAAAAUAAUAAUUUAUAUGAUGAAUUAUUUAAAACUCCUAAUAUGGAGGGUAUCGUUUAUUUAAAAGAAAAAUCGAGAAAAUCAUGGAAAAAACAUUUUUGUGUAUUACGCUCGUCCGGACUCUAUUAUGUACCAAAAGGGAAAAGCAAAAAAGAUCUUGUUGGUUUGGUAAAAUUUGAAAAUGUUGAAUUAUUCUUUGGUAUUGGAUGGAAAAAGAAGUUCAAAUCACCAUCAGACUAUUGUUUUGCAUUAAAACAUCCAUUAAUACAAAAGAAAAGUUCAAAAUAUAUCAAAUAUAUGUGUGUAGAAACUAAAAAAGAAUUUGAUCGAUGGAUAGCAAGUAUUAGAAUAGCUAAAUAUGCGCGUCAACUUCUAUUAAAUUAUUUUCUUAUUCAAAAAGCAAUGAAUAUAUACAGAUCAUCAGGACGUUUUGCUGCUGUGUGUGCAGCUCAAGAAGAAAGUAGUCAACUUGAUCAUGACUGUCUACGAACGCCUUCUAUAUCUAAAAAAAAUCACCAAAACAACAAUAAAAUAUUGGAUUGUCAUGAAAAAAUAAAUGCCAGUGCUCAUGUUGAAAAUAGUGGCAAAAUAUCUGAUCUUUCUUCAUCAUUUAAUCCACCAAUUACUUCUGAAAUAAACUCAUCCAUAAAGUCAGCUAGCUAUAUGGAUGAAUUACGACAACGUUUGGAACGUGUUCUGUCUGAUCCGUCAUCGGCGCCUGUCAUAACUGAACAGAAUGACGAGAAUAUGCUAACAGAUACGAAUCAUUCAUUUUUAACCCAUCAAACUCCUCGUCUAUCUGGUUUACCCAUAUCAAAAUCAUUUCGUUUACAAACAUCUUCAACAGCAAAAAAUGAUCAUUCAUUCGAUGGUACAUCCGAACUUCGACAAUAUCAAGCUCACUCCUAUCGUCAACUAUCAAAUAUUAACAACAACAACAACAACAGCAAUUUAAAACCAACUUUACUCAAAAAGUCGAAUGAUGAAACAUCAACAUCAAACAUUGAACAAUCAAAAUGUGCGAUAACGAAAGCGCGAUCUCAAGUACCACUAAAAAAUACCACAGAAUUAUUAUCAUCGACUAGAUGGAAAAAUCGCCCAAUAAUUACACCACCAAAAUUAAAACAACAAACAUCUUCAGAAAUGAACGAUUCAAAUACAAAAUUACAUCAACAAUCCACAGAAAAUUUAUCAAAAUUUAAUAGACAAUUACCAGUGGUGGCGUCAACACCUUUACCAAGAAAACAGUUACCAGUUCAAAUAUCUGAUAGAAAUUUAUCAGUUUUAAACGGAUUCAAACAUAAACAGAACACCAAUGAUGAACAACAAAUGAGUAGAAGUUUCACCAUUCAAAAAACGAAACAUGAUAGUCGACAAUAUACGAACAAUUCAUCUGGACAGUCUAAAACAGAUUCAUUAAAUAUUGCUAAUACUGAUCUAUUUCCAUUAUCAUCACGAACGCUUUUAGAAGGUUUAAAUGAACAAAAAAGAUUUAGCCAACCAGGCACGGUUAAUUCAUCUUCUAUAACGCAUCAAUACGAUGUAAAUAAAUCAUCAAAUGAAAAACCCUCAUCGCUUUCACCGCCUAGAAUACAAACAACAACGACUAAUUUUUCAAUUCUAUCUAAACCAACGACUUUAGCAACACUACCACAAAAGCAAGAUUCAACUAAAUUAGGAAACAAACAGAUUUCAUACAAAACUACAGCAACAAUAAACAAAAAGACAACAUUAAACGAUAUAAAAAAUCGUCGAACACAAUCGUCCAUACCACCGACUAUUUCUUCGUCCUCUUACGUACUUAAUAAUCAUACGGAUACUAAAAAAAUAUCUUCUGACAGAAUAUCAUCAACGUCUCAACAAACUCGAAUAAGUAAAUCUCACACAACGACGAAUGUUACAGCGUCGGUUUCAUCGAUACCAUUAAACAAACAAACGAUAACAUUGACACAAGUCAAAACUGUUCCACCAGUACCACCAAGAAAAUCGAGUAUUCCUCGUCCAUCAUUUGUUAGUCAAAUGAAACCGUUACCACCACAACGUAAUUCAGCAACGACAUUAAAAAUUGUUAGCCACUGUUAA